UGCUUUCAGUCAGAACGUCUUCCGAUAUUUCACCGUAAGUCCUAUACACGAUUGCGACAUUUGCGACGACAACGUAAGGUCAAUGUCCAAGCAUUUAAGUCAGUCAUGUUGACGAGAACACCCGUGAAGUGUUGUGUAAUUUGUGUGUAAAAGAUGUUUAAAUAUAUAUCAUGGUUGGUAGCCGCCGUGGCCAUAAGCUAUGGGGUGUUCUUAACUUACUACAUCUACAAAGUACCUGAUAUGCCCCAACUGGACCAGGAUGUGUGGUGGGGCAAAUCACCGAGACCAAAGGAAGAGGACACCUCCAUUAGACAUUUUAAAAUUGAAUUUAAUGACACGGUGAUUGUUGAUUUAAAACAGAGAAUAAAAAACAGGCGACCCCUAACAGCGCCCUUACACGGCAUACAGUCUGAGUAUGGUAUAAACACCGUAUAUUUAGCGAAUUUGCUAACUUACUGGUCAGAAAAAUACAAUUUUAAAAAGCGAGCGGAAUUGUUGAACCGAUUCCCACAUUACAAAACCAAGAUACAAGGUUUAGAUAUCCAAUUUAUACGGGUGAAACCCUCAGUAAAGAAUGUCAAAGUAUUGCCAUUGCUCAUGUUGCAUGGUUGGCCCAGCUCCUCAAAGGAGUUUGUAAAAAUGAUUCCAAUAUUGACUACUCCUAAAAAUGGAUACAAUUUUGUGUUUGAAUUAAUUGUUCCUGAUUUACCUGGAUUUGGAUUUUCUGAGGGCACGAGGAAACCGGAACUUAAUCCAGUACAGAUAGGCAUAAUGAUGAGGAACCUGAUGAAACGGCUUGGUUUUAAUAAAUUCUAUGUCCACGCUGGGGACUGGGGCUCGCAGGCAGCCACGCACAUGGCCACCAUAUUCCCUGAUGAAGUGAUGGGAUUCCAUACAAAUAUGCCAUUAUCAGCAAGCCUUAAAAGUGGUCUCAAGAUCCUCUUAGGGUCACUAGCUCCCAGUUUAACGGGCGAUCAUUUUCACCGAUUAUAUCCCUUAAGUCAGCUAUCUCAUCUUGUUCUAGAAAGUGGUUAUUUCCAUCUUAUGGCGACUAAACCAGACACACUUGGUGUCAGCUUAACAGAUUCGCCAACCAGUUUGGCGGCUUAUCUAACGGAAAAAAUGGCAGUAGGCACUAACAGGGACCAAUUAGACACAUUUCAUGGAGGCCUGGAAAGCCUAGAACUGGAUGACGUCUUAGAUACUAUUACUAUUCAAUGGGUAAAUAAUUGUGCUGUCACCUCUAUGAGAGUGUAUGCUGAAGAUUACUUUGCUAGUUCGCCAGAGGUUUAUGAAUUACACAUGAUACCUACGAAGGUACCGACUGCUGCUAUCAAGUUGAAGUACGAAGUAAUGUGGCAACCUGAUUGGGUUCUCCGGGACAAAUUUCCUAACCUAGUGCGGUCCACAAGCUUAGAUUUCGGAGGGCAUUAUGCCGCCCUAGAAGUGCCUAAACUAUUAGCAGAUGACGUCUUUGCGGCUGGAGCCGAGUUCCAGAAAUUUCACGAGGCCAAUGGAAAAAUGUAAAGCCUAACGAGAUUCUAUUUGGGAGUUUACAUGAUUAGUCAAAUAUUUAUCAGACCGGUCAUGUCAACGGCUAAUUUCAAAACAUUGUUGUGGAAUGCUACGCAAUCUCGUCCUUUUACUGAUGUAAAUAUUAUAUUGUAGUGAAAUUUUUUUUUCUUGCAUCCUUGACAAUCUUUUUUGGUAUUUUUGUGGUAAAAUCCUUUAUAAUUGCGAAAUCUUUUUUUCUAGUUCGUCAGAUUCUUCUUGCCAGUAAAAUAAAUUAGUACCACUGAAAAUCAGCAACAUGGCGAAGGCCAAAUAAAAUUGGGUUAUGGUAUAAAUCGUCUGGUGAGAAGCAAAAAUUUCUAAAACAUAAUUAAACAAAAAUCAACGUUACUUCAGUAGUAAUAUGGUUCAUUAUGGCUAUGGACUUGUGGUAAUUAGUAGGUUUUGCUUGUCACCUGAUGAAAUGAAGCAACGAAGUGCUCCAAUAAUUACGGCGUUAUUCAUAAAGGUCUGUGAAGUCUAACAUGCCAUUCCUAAUCUAUUCCUAUCCGUCAUUAUAUUAUUUGUGUUGAAUAUAAAGAUACAAAAUGUAACAUUAAGCUUGGUAAGAUUUAAAGUUGUAGAGGGUUAGUGGUUAAAGGUGACAAUUGAAUGGCGACUACAGCAGCAUUACUGCUGCGGAAUUUUACAGUAAAAUGCUACUUUUUCACAUUGCACAUUUCUCGGCAUCAAAAACUACAAUAAAGCGUUCUGCGUUCGUCUUAUUUUAA